UGUACCAGAGAGAGAUAAAGUACCUUGUAACAACUGUUUAGGGUAUUUUUCCUCGAAACUUUUAUACAGACAUAAGAAAAAAUGUGUAAAGAGAGAUUCUGGUAGCUCUCAAAAUAGCAAACAGUUAAAACUAUUCCAUAAUGCCAAAGUAGAUCAACGACUGAAAGAGGAAGUAUUCCCGCAUAUGAGAGCGGACAAGUUGUCUUUGGAAGCUCAAAAAGAUCCACUUAUUUGCGAGUUCGGAGCUAAGUACUUAAAAACGCACCGUGAAAAACAUUUUAUUUACGUAACAUCACGCAAAAUGAGAGAACUUUCUAAAAUCCUUUUGGAAAUAAGAAAGUUGGAUCCAUCCAUAACCACAUUCAUUUCAGCUUUGAAGCCAAAGUAUUUCGACAUUUUCGUGGAAGCCACAAAACGAAUUGCUAAAUAUGAUUCGGAACGAGAUGUUUAUCUGUCUCCAACUUUCGCCAUGAAUAUUGUUACGUCUUUGAAACUGUGUUGCGAUAUUUACACUAAAAAUAAAGGUACCACUUUAUCUACUGCGGAAAUAGAGGCGGACUUGAAAACGUUGAUUCGUCUUUUUGAAACUAAUUGGAGUUGUGAGAUUUCUUCACAUGCCAGUUACAACCUUAAUCUUAACAAAUGGAACAAAGUAACCAUUGUACCUCUUGCCAGUGAUUUGCGUUUAUUAAGGAAUCAUCUCAUCGACUUAUCUGGAGAAUCUUUAAGAGUCCUAAUUAAAGGAGCUGAGGAUAUGAAAUAUAUCAUAGAAGAUGAUAUCGACCAUCAGCAAUAUCAAAAAAAGUCUGAUACAAUUCAAGCAUUUAAUAAUCUGACAUACAAGACAAUAUCAAAAAAAUGUUAGAAGUUAGACACCAUUUUGUGACCAUAAAUAACCCAUAUCUUUUCGCAAUGGCGAAUUCAAAUUCACAUUUGAUAGGUUAUAAAGUGUUAGCCAAACAUGCUAAAUUAUGUGGAGCACAAAACCCAUCAUCAAUUACGUCAACCCGACUGCGCAAACAUCUUGCAACUUUAUCGCAAUUAUUCAACUUAUCAGAUGGGGAAAUAGAACAGUUGGCGACAUUUAUGGGACACACAAGUGGUGUUCACAGAAAUUCCUAUCGACUACCCGAUGAUGUUUAUCAAACGGCGAAGAUAUCUAAACUGUUGAUGGUAAUGGAAAAAGGCGGAGCAGAUCAAUAUAAAGGAAAAUCUAUUGAUGAAAUAAACAUUGAUAUGGAAAAAAAUCUUCUAAGUGACCGAGACUCUGAUAAUGAUAGUAACGAGGAUGAAAAUCCAAUAAUAAGGGAACUGUUAGAUACGUCAAAGCCAUCUGCUCAAGAUUUUGUUCCAACAAACAACGUUGAUGGGAAACCUGUUGCAGGGACUAAAAAGAAAAAAACUCGUAAACUGGUUCCUUGGACAGAUGACCAAAAAAAAGUCACACUAAACUAUUUUAAAGAUCAUAUUAAAACUAAGAAGCCCCCUAAAAGAUUCGAAUGUGAAGAUCUGAAAACAAAAUAUGAAAAAAUUCUAAACAAAGAUUGGCUAAAAAUCAAAGUAUUUGUUCAAAAUUAUUAUACUAAAAGCAGAAAAUAGAGUUGAUAGUGCAUAUAAAGGAUUUCUAUUAUAUUUUAAAAAAUCAAUAAAACUGGUAUAAAUUUAGCUUCAUGAUUUAUUUGUACUGUUCCCUUUCUGUCCCUAGCUAUUGUCUCAAUUUCUGUUUUCUCUUUAUCAAUAUCCAUAUUUUCGAUUUGGUCAAUCCAUUUCCUCCUGGCUAUUCUCUUUAAAAUACGAUUAAAAAGUUGGUAACAAUUGACUUUGCACGAUUUAUGGUUAUUGUUGGAUUGCGAUGUUUCACAAGUAUAGUUAUCACUUUCCUCUGGAGGUAUAUUUUAGAGGCAUACCUGAUCAAUCCCCACAUGCUUUCCAUUUUUUUGAGUCGGAAAAAGUGUAUACCAGUAGCUAAUUAUUAGAGUUAUUGCGUAUUUUACAUUGUCUUUUCCAUAUUCUUAAAAUCAGAGAUAUAUUUCUACAAGGAAACUCUUUUAAGAUUAUAUACAUUUCAUGUGAUAUUUAAUGAUAGUAUAUUAUUGCGUCCUGGCGGUUUGACAACACCGCACGGAUGCAGCAAUGUAUGGUGUAGUCAUUAUAUGGAGCUGACAAAGUUACUUGUUAUAAGGAAGCAGCAUUGUUGUAGAAUGAAUGAAAAUUUGUAUAUUUGAAAAUUGUGAAUAUCAAUUAUCUACAUAUAGUCCUAUCCAUCUACUUCAUUGGUAAACCAGUAUACACAAUAAGAUCAUGGUUAACUCUUGGUUUUCUUGAGGACGCAACAGUGUAUGACUUUUGUACGGACGUAAUAAUGUUUAUAUUUAUAUAUAUAU